GCUUUACUACUGCACAACUAGCAUUAUUGGCUAUUUGAAAACCACAAACUAAUAUUUCAAGAUCCCAAAAAAAAAAAAUUUAUUUAUAUUAUUAUUCGUUCCCAAUCUAUAGCCCGACCAACCGUUUUCAAACUCUCCAAUUUCUUCUACAACAUCUUCCAAGAGUUACUCCAUCGGGCAGACCCGUUCUUCUUAGUCGCACCGAAAUAAUAUACUACAAAUCCACUUCAGUCCAGCUCCGCAGGCUGUCUCUUUUCCAACCCUCUCGGCUGUUUCCUUUCUCCCCUUUCUUCUUUUCCUCCUUCAAAUUUUUUUUAUUAUAAACAAAAAUUGAUGAACCCUGAAACCCAGUCGAGUCGUUCAUCCGGGACCCAAAUGAACACGACACCGCAAUUCGAUCCCACUGCAAUGAUUGGACUUUCUGGAGCUUCUCCCGGGGUGAAUGGCGAUGGCUUUGAUAUCUUCGAAUGGUACCCUCAUUAUCAGAAUUGCCAACGGUAUUUUCUCGACCAUGCACAGCACAGUACUUCUGUCCAGGCACUUUCUGCUUUCCUAAACAUCCGUCUCCCAUUUCAACGUCAACCGCAUCCCGUAUUCAAUUCUUCCACCGAUCAUACCCCAACUGCUGGUCAGACAAUGCCUACGCCCUCGGCAACUCCCAAUUCCAACCCACCCCCGCCUGUCUCCCUGAUCCCUUACAUCCGCCGCCUGGUAGCUACGGGAAUGGAUUUUCCUGGGGUACUACAUGGGUUUUUUGGCGACGAUUGGGGGUCUGGCGUCGCAUUUCUGCAUGAGCAGGAACGUCGCAACUAUCUUUUUGCCGCCAAGAGUGGGGGCUGGGCUUGUGUGAAGAAGGACUACGAUAUGCCUCCUCUGGAGACCAUUCCGUUCUUGCGUCCCUUGCAAGGACCGCUAGACUCUGAGAUAGAAGCGGCCGAGAGAAGUUGGAGUGAGUGGCUCGCGAUGGAAGAUUGGAUGGUCGGGCCACGAGCACCCGACAUCCUUCGCGACUCUUCCUCACAAGCGUCGCGACCCCGAAGCGCACGAGGUUGAUCUUGAUAUGAUUCCGCCUUUUUUUU